AUGCGUCGUGUACCUCGUCUCAGGCAGCCUCGUCUGCUGGCAGCCUCCCCGAUCCAAUGCACCUGCGCCGCGCCCGCCACAUUCCCCAUCUCAGCAACAGCAUCACGAGCCCUCUCAACGACACCCGCAAACCCCAGCCGCGUCCGCAAGUUCCUCUGGAAAGGCGGCGACGCCCCCGGACCCGAAGACCCCUACGCCGCCGACUCCUCCCAAGCCCUCCGCCAGCAGCGCAUCGCGCAGGAGCUCGCCGAAGCCGAGGCCGAGCUGGCCGCCUUCGAGGCCGACAACCAGGAGACGCAGCGGGCCGAGCAGAAGCGCCGCCAGAAGCCCCAGAGCCGGCUCGCGCACCAGAUCAAGAACAAGCGCGUAUGGGCGCCGACGGAGAAGGAAGUUGAGGGCGGGGACUACGUGCCCGCCAAGACGAUUGAAGGGCUCGAGGAGAUUGGUGGGCUCGAAGGGUGGUGGGAGCAGGAGGGCCGCUGGGGCAAGGAGAGCGAGUACGUUGGCUUCUCGAGCGCUGCUGGGGAGGCCGUCGCAGAUGCCGAUGUGUGUGCUGCGCGCGUGAGGCAGGCUCUUGUUGAGGCGCUUGCUGUUGCUGGAUCUUCUGCUGAGGUGCAGGGCAGGUUGACGGCUGCGUGGGCCAGGGGCGACGGGGAGGGCUUCAGCAGGGCGACGGCGCUGGGGUUGAAGAUUGGCGAGGAUGGUAGCGUCUCUCUUGAGGGUGAUGCUGCGGCGAUUGAGGGCGUCGUCGCACCUCUGUUGGAGGCUCAGGAGACGCAGGCCUCAGAGGGCGUUGUCGAGGCUGCUGAGGCCAAGGCGUUGGUUGAGGCGUGGGGCGAAGCCUGGAAGAGCAUUUCCCUCGAGGACGCACGAUUCAAGUUUGCUGUCCACAAGCGCGUCUUCCAACUGACGGGCCACCGCGUCCACGACGCCAAGCUCGCACAGAUCAACACGGUCGGCGACCUCAUCGCCACCAUCGUCAAGCCGCCCAAGCCGACAAAGGUCGCCGAGGCCAUUGCCCAGCAGGGCGCGCUGCUCGAGCUGCCCAACGUCCGCGUUCGCGACAAGCGCGUCACACCCAUCGACAAGGAGACCGAGGUCGGCCGCUGGAAGGUCAUCGAGGCGGAGCUCAAGAAGAGAGGCCUACCCAUUACCGGACACAAGGACCUCGCCAAGCCGGUGCAGAGGGCAUGGAUCCAGGGCAAGGCGUAA